AUGAGAACAAACAGUUCUACUACAGCCAGUGAAAAAAUUAUUUUUCUCGACUUAGUUCUAGGUAUUGCUUCCUUCAUCCAGACAGGAGCUGGUAUGCUGGGAAACUUCUUCCUUCUUUGUCAUUAUAUCUUUAUUUUCCUAUUUGGUUACAAGCUGAGGCCCAUAGACUCCAUUUUUUUCCACUUGGCCUUGGCCAACUCCAUAAUGCUUAUUUCCAAGGGAGUCCCUCAGACAAUGGUCGGCUUGGGGCUGAAGAUUUCCCUGGAUCACAUUUGGUGUAAAUUUAUCAUUUUUGUUCACAGAGUGGCCCGUAGUCUUUCCCUCAGCCUCACCUGUCUUCUGAGUGGCUUUCAGAUUAUCACCAUCAGUCCCUCUACUUUUUCUGUAGUGUCAGACCCAAAAGCCUUUGCCUCAAAACUCAUUAAACCUUUGUGCCUUUCCUGCUGGAUCCUACACAUACUGAUAAAUGUCUUUGUGCAUGUGAAUAUGAAGAACUUUAUAGGAAGCAGUAAUGACACAAGGAUAUGGCAUAUGGGAUUCUGUUCACAUUUUAUUCCAGCCUCUUUCAAAGUCUCACUAUUUGCAAUUCUUUACUGUAUUCCUGAUUUCCUGUAUGUGGGAUUUAUGGUGAUGGUCAGUGGCUCCCUGGUGCUUCUCCUGCAAAGACACCACCACCAAGUUCGGCAUAUUCACAGAUCAGGCCUUUUGUCAAAAAGGUCCCCUGAGAUAAGAGCCACCUAUACCAUCUUGGUGUUUGUGAGCACCUAUGUCUCAUUCACCUUAGCCAAUUCCAUUUUGUCAGUUUAUCUCUUUCAGUUUCAUAGGCAUUUGCAGUGGUUGAUACCCACAUCAGCUCUCUUGGCUGCAUGUUUCCCAGCUAUCAGCCCCUUUGUACUCAUCAGCUGUGAUUCUCAGAUUCUCCAUUUCUUUUAUUCACUCUGGGGAAAGAAAAGAUCCCAAGACUCUUUUCCUUAA